GGCCAUACUUACUUCACCAUUCCCUCCAAUCUCCCAACUGCUCUCUCUCUACACACAUACUCUGAUAGAAGAUGGCAGUGACAUCCACGGCGGGGAUGGUGGCUGGAUGCGGCGGCGGAGGAGGAAUACUUGUCCGAUGCCCGGGCUGCAUCUGUUCGCGCUCUCUGCCUUGCUUUGCUUCUUCUCGGAUUCCCGGACCCAACCUAUCCAUUUAUCACACCCAAUUUCCACUCAAAACACACCUCAAACUCUACCGGAGCCCUAAAUUGGCCCGAGCUGCCGAUUCAACGCAGUCUUCUUCCAUUGCCACUGCUAAUACUGACAAGACAGUAAUCCCCGAUUCUGAAUUCACGCUCGCCAAAGUCUCUUUCGGUGUUAUUGGAUUAGGACUUGGCGUUGGGCUUCUCUCGUAUGGUUUUGGGGCUUACUUCAAUAUCCUCCCAGGGUCUGAAUGGUCGGCGCUGAUGCUGACCUAUGGCUUUCCUCUAGCAAUCAUUGGCAUGGCUCUCAAGUAUGCAGAACUUAAGCCUGUACCCUGCUUGACUUAUUCAGAUGCUCUAGCAAUGAGAGAAAAAUGUUCAACUCCGAUUCUCAAUCAGGUCAGAAACGAUGUAACAAGAUACCGUUAUGGGGAUGAGCAGCAUCUGGAUGAAGCAUUAAAGCGAAUUUUCCAAUACGGCCAGGGUGGAGGUAUUCCUCGGAGGAGUGCUCCAAUUUUACAAAGUAUCCGGGAAGAAGUUACUGAAGAUGGGAAAUAUUCAUUGGUGUUAGUAUUUGAGGCCAAAGCACUGGAGUUGUCCGACUUUGAAAAAAGAAAGGCAAAAAUUGCUUCCUUCUUUGGGCCGGGGAUCACUGCUGAAAUUAUCGAAAGUGGGAACGGUUCAUACGAGGUCAAACUAAUUUCCAACACAACAUUGUAAGCAGACAGCCUACGAGCUCUUGUCGGAAAUUCAAUAGAAUAUACCAUUCAGGGGUUGGGUUAUUCUACAUUUUUGCUACCCUGUUGUAUAUCACAAGCUAUUUCUGUUGUAUAAUCUAUAGUGGAAGCAACAAGUGGAUUAUCUCUGGUCC